CCCACCCUAAGUCCCUAACAGCCGGGAAGGCGCUCGCUUAGCUUGCUUGUCCUCGCAAGCUCGUUCCUACCCCCGUCGUCGCCUUCCUUCCUUCCGUCCCUGGCUAACCUGCCCGUCCUCCGUGAGCGUCCCUCUCCACAGCUCCCGUGUCUUGGCGGCCGGUUAGGGUCGCUAAUCUCCCGGCCUAUAAGUACGGGCUCCGGCUCUGCCCGUUUCCAUCACUCAUCUGCCACCUGCUGAUAGCAAUCUCUGCUGGUAGCAUCGUCCAGUACCGAGUUAUAGACCAGUCGGCCAUGGCGAGGAUCCACCUCUACGUCGCCGCGGCCUGCGCCGUCGUGCUCGCUCUCGCCGCCCCGACCCUCGCCGGCGACCCCGACAUGCUCCAGGACGUCUGCGUCGCGGACUACGCAUCCCCGAUCAAGAUCAAUGGGUUCCCCUGCAAGGCGAACAUUUCGGCGGACGACUUCUUCUUCCCGGGUCUCAGGAACCCCGGCAACACCAACAACCCGGCGGGCUCCGUGGUGACGGCGGCCAACGUGGAGAAGUUCCCCGGCGUGAACACCUUGGGCGUCUCUAUCGCGCGCAUCGACUACGCCCCGGGCGGCCAGAACCCGCCGCACACGCACCCGCGCGCCACCGAGAUCAUCUUCGUGCUCGAGGGCACGCUCGAGGUCGGCUUCAUCACCACUGCCAACAAGCUCUUCACCAAGAUCGUCAACAAGGGGGACGUCUUCGUCUUCCCCAGGGGGCUCGUCCACUUCCAGCAGAACAGGGGACACGGCCCUGCUGCCGUCGUUGCUGCCUUCAACAGCCAGCUCCAGGGCACGCAGGCCAUCGCCAUGACGCUCUUCGGUGCCACGCCGCCGGUGUCCUCCGACAUCCUGGCCAAGGCCUUCCGGAUUGACAACGGGGAGGUCGACGCCAUCAAGGCCAAGUUCGCGCCCAAGUAGAAGCCUUCGCCUGUCUGUAUUCGUUGAUUUCUGAAUAAAUCACGCAUGCUGUUUGCAGGAUAUCUAUAGUGAGCACUAGUGAUUGCAACGUGCAGUUAAAUUUGUUCAUCUUUGGUUUGAGGGAUUGCUGACCAUGCUUGUUGUUGUUAUUCUAAUUUGUGUGGCACAAAUAAGAUCAUCAGUUUUAUGGUUUCUUUUAUAGUAAAUUGUUUUUCAGCCAAA